UAGAGCCCUGAGUCAGUACGGAAGCGAGGGAGCAAAUUAGCGGAGGUUGAGACAGAGCGGAUGAAAUCUGACAUUUUAAAAAGCGUCGAUCUCCAUUAUAAUAUCAAAGACAAGAGAGAGGGCGAUAGUACGACUAAGCGAAAAAGCCAAUCUGAGAAGACCUCCUGUGUGACAAAGAGUGUGAUACAAGACUCUAUCCAGCUUGCUUGUCGAUAAGGCCACAAAGGAACCGGCGACAACUUAAUUUUUGCAGACAAUCAUUUACAGCGGGAUUUCCGACGACAAACACCGUCUUCCGCAAAACGGGUUGCCUAGAGACACUGGACCGUGUAUAUUGGGCGUGCAAACUCAAUUUACGCAGACGACCUCAAGGUUUGAUUUUCUUUACUUUGGCGUUGUAUUACGGCAAGAGCGAUUGAAUAUUGCAUUCAUAUGGUAAUGUAUUAACCAGCGUAGAAGCCUUUUCUCAAGGUGUCACUGCAAUCAAAAGCGCUGACUUUUUUAUCAACUCAUUAGUGUUUCAAAUACAAAAGCUAAAACGUUAGCGUUUAGGGACGCAGCUUCGCUGGUCGGCACUGUUUUGGUCUGCAACAACCUUUCUGAAUCUGGUUUCAUUUUGUCGGCUCGGUUGCACUAGGAUGUGACAACUGUAACAAGGAAAACUGCUGUAGAAAAAGAGUGUCUUUGAACGGGUAUCUCUAACAAACUAAAGCAGGCCUUCUAAGCGUACUGAACACCCAGGCGUUUUAACAGAGUACCGAGUUCAUAAUUUUCGAGUACUGACUUCGGAAACGAUGCAGUUCUUUCUGUUCCUUGCGUGUUUUCUGAGGAUACAGAUCCUAUCGGUCGCGCAAAAGAGGUAUUACCGCCCUGGAAAUAUAACCAUCGGAGCCCUUCUUCCAUUCCACGUCAAGAACGACCAGGACGGCUGCGGCGAGUUUUACGCGUUCGGCGUCGGCUACUACGAGGCAUUCACACUCGCUAUUGAACGAAUAAACAACGACACGGCCCUUCUCCCUAACAUUACCCUUGGAGUGGACAUUUGGGAUUACUGUGAUCUUCCGGCGAUCGCUGUGAAGGAGGCACACGGUAUCGCGAUGAAUAACUAUCUGAAUGAGAUAGGAGCGGUCAAGGGCGGUACAGGUGAUAAGAGCUUCGACGUUACGGCUCCUGUUGUGGCAGUGAUUGGUACGGAGGACUCGAGCAGCACAAGUCUGGUCUCUAGUUUGUUGCAGGUUGUGAACAUCACGACCAUAAGUCCUUUCGCGACGAGCGAGGAGCUCAGUAUGCCGUACUACAGCAAAUUCUUCCGCACUAUACCCCCGGACGGGCAGCAAGCCAAGGCCAUGGUGGAUAUCAUAGAGCAUUUCGGAUGGAAGUAUGUCGCCGCAGUUGCGGUGGACCACUCAUACGGGCGGUACGGCGUGAGGGCGCUUGAGAAGGAGGCGUAUAACAGGGGUUCUUUUUGUAUCGCAUUUGUGGACUACUUCACAAGAUCAGGCUACAUGGGAAAGAUUACAAGUAUCAUUCAAAAGCUCAAGCGCGAAACUAACAUCCGGGUCAUCGUAUUCUGGAGUAGUUACGAGCCCGCGAAGCGAUUCCUGGAAGAAGCAAGCGCGCAAGGCAUGACGGGACGGACAUUCCUGAUGAGCGAAGCAAUGGCAACUAUCGCUCAAGAUCUCCUUCAGAGACAUGUCGACGUGCUGAACGGCUCAAUCGGUCUCAUGCCUCACCGUUACCGCGAUCACGUGUAUGAAGCUCAUCUGCGCAUGCUCAGUGCAGCUGACACGCGGGGUAACCCGUGGUGGGACGAGUUCUGGGCGAGUGAAUUCGGGUGCGAUAACUCGCAAAGUAAAUCGAGCAAUCGUUGUAGAGACUCGUUGGAAGUUUCCCAGUCGGGAUUUAACCGCUUGUAUAACAGCUACAAUCCGUAUCUUGCGGAUGCGGUAUACGCCAUCGCGCAUGCGCUAGAUGAUGCCCGGAAUUGUACGCGUGAUUGCACGAAGUCCCCGGAUGUUUCCCCUGGAGAUGUAGCGAAAUACUUGAGGCAAGUCUCAUUUAAGGGUUUCACAGGUCACGUGUACUUCAGCGACCAAGGAAACCCAGCGGAUUCUUUCUACGACGUUGUGCAUUUCCGGUCUAGCGAGACCACUGGCCCGUUUUCCGUUCAGAUAGUGGGCUCAUGGCGCCAGAGCGACCUCAAGCCUGCCUUGUUCAGCGUGAAUCAAUCACGCAUGCGCUGGAAUAACGAACGAAACCAAAUACCUGCUUCUGUUUGCAGCGAAACCUGUCAAGCCGGUUUUAGGCAAACGAAAACAGUAGCAUGCUGUUGGGAAUGUCUACCCUGCCAAACAGGUUAUAUCAAUUCGGUCCCAGGUUCUCUUAACUGUACAAAAUGUCCCUUUAGACAAAUGUCUAAUUUGGGUAAUACAGAGUGUGUGGACCUUCCAGUUGUCAACAUAAGCUGGACGGACACGACGAGCGUUUUAUUUCUGAUCUUCACUGCCAUAGGGAUGGUCGCUACGAUAUUUACAUUUGCCGUGUUCAUCAUUCACCAGGAUACUCCGGUCGUAAAGGCAUCAAACCGCGAACUUAGCUAUCUCUUGCUGUUACUUAUCGCACUUUCGUUUGUUUUGACAGUACUGCAUCUCGCUAUUCCCACCACUGCACUGUGCUACGCCGUCCAGCCUUACCGAUAUCUCACAUGCACUGCCUCCGUCUCCAUACUCCUCCUAAAGACAAAUCGUCUCGUGCGCGCAUUUCAAACCAAUGUCAUUCCACCAUGGUUCAAGAAAUAUGUCCUGGACCGCAAGCGCCAGCUGUAUGUAGUCUUCCUACUAAACAGUAUUCAGAUUAUACUAACAGGGCUAUGGAUAGGGCUAGACCCGCCGUACAUGAGCGAAGACAUCCACCCCCAAGAGUAUGUUUUCCUUGCGUGCUUACCAUUUAAGACAAAAACCGGGAACGCCUUACGCACCAUCAUGUUUGUUUAUUUUAUUUUUCUCUCACUCGUGUCUUCUGUGUAUGCAUUCAAGGCGCGCAGGUUGCCUGACAACUUCAACGAAGCGCGCUUCAUAGGGUUCUCAAUGUAUGUGAUGCUAUUAUCCUGGAUAGCGUAUUACCCCGUGGAUUCUGCCCUCGAGGGGUACUACAUAACCAUAGUGGCUUGUGCCACGGCUCUUGUCAUUGCGUACGGGUUGCUAUUAUGUUUGUUUGCACCAAAACUUUUCGUUAUUCUUAGAAGACCGCAGCAAAAUACGGUGGACUUUGUGAAGACAGAGCUGGGUCAUUUUAGCGUGAAUAUCGCCAAUGCGUAUGCGCAUAAGGUAAACCCAGUAAUCGCUCGAGCCUCCCCGGACUCAAGUCACGUGAUACAAGACCAGUUACAAGACCGUGAGACUAGCAAUGUAAAACAUCAUAGCGAAGCAUGUUGAAAUGGUGAGUUGCACCUGAAUUAUAUACGUACUACUUGCCUUUCAACAAGGUAAAGGGGACAUAUUGAGAACAUGGUGUACAUUGAAAUGGGCCGUCAUUGACUGAUGUAAUAACUUUACCUCCUCGUUUUCGUAGUAGUCGAUAGUAUAGUCAGGGUUGACGACGAAAAAUCGCUUUUUCCAGUUCUUGAUAAGCGCUCCUUGUUUGAUAAGGUAUCCAGUCUUCCUCGGCUCCUUGAGCUCAACAGGCUAAAAUAAAUGUACAGGUAUAAAAAAAAUACAAACACGCCAUCCUCGUUAACUAUACGACUCGUAAAUUAGAGAACUUGUAUUCUAAAUAUAGUCUCCACGAUUCAGCAGAUAGCGUGGGCCGCGCCACCCUGGGUACUAGAGCCUCCAGACUUCUCUCGUUUAGUGACGCUCAGUCGAAAUGUUGCUUCGUUCGUCGAGACAUUUUGGCUGAGCGUCACAGGACGAGAAAAGUUUGAAUAAAAGAGAGCAUAGAUAGUCUUUUCACGUUUGAUAUUUUGCUAGGGUGAUAACAAUGUGGGUGACAGGCAUUUUCUAGUAAAGUGCACGUGAAAAAUUAAACGCUACGCAUGUGACGUUAAAUUGAUAUUCUGAGAAAAAUAAAGACUACAUGCAAAAUGCCUGGCUUAUAAAAA